UCUCUCUCUCUCUCUCUCUUGCAUUGCUUUGUGCUAAUGAAAGUUAACACCAUUGCUGCUGCAUCUGCAGGGCCAAUAGGCCUUGCUGCAGAAAACCAGACUCACAAACAUCAUCAUUCACAUUCUCAACCCUACAGCCACCAUCACCACCAUGGCAUUUUUCCUUCAAAAUCUGUUCUCAUUAUCAUCAUAUCAACCAUUUCAGUAAUGGUCCUCCUUGCUAUAAUCUUUAUCAUAUUAAUGCUUCGGCGUGUCGUCAAGUCCACCAAAAACAAUGGCAAUAUUUACAAAGAGAGCAGCAUCAUGAACAACACAAGUAGCAGGUUCAUUGCUCAAACCACAGUGGCCUUUAAUUCUAGCCCAGAUGUGAAGGGUGGGUGCCUCCAAGGAGGGAACUCUGGAAGGUCAAUUAGAACACCUAUAGUCACAGCAGCAAGCAGAUACAAAGGAGUUCAAGUGUUCUCAUACAAAGAACUUGAGGAAGCCACUGAUGGAUUUAGUGAAGCAAAUGUGAUAGGGCAUGGUGGGUUUGGAGUUGUGUAUAGGGGGGUCCUCAGAGAUGGGACUGAGGCAGCAAUUAAGAUGCUGCACAGGGAAGGAAGGCAAGGAGAGCGUUCCUUCAGGGUUGAGGUGGAUCUGCUAAGCCGAUUGCACUCUCCAUUCUUGGUGGAGCUGCUUGGUUAUUGUGCUGACCAGCACCAUAGGCUCCUCAUAUUUGAAUGCAUGCCUAAUGGUACUCUGCAACACCAUCUACAUUCCACAAACAAACAUCAGCCGUUGGAUUGGGGCACCCGAUUGAGGAUAGCUCUUGAUUGUGCUAAGGCCCUUGAGUUCCUCCAUGAGCAUGCCAUCCCUUCUGUUAUACACCGGGACUUCAAGUGCACCAAUGUUCUGUUAGAUCAAAACUUUCAUGCCAAGGUAUCUGAUUUUGGAUUGGCCAAGAUGGGUUCUGAUAAAAUCAACGGUCAGAUUUCGACGCGUGUGCUGGGGACCACAGGAUAUCUGGCACCAGAGUAUGCCUCAACAGGAAAGCUUACUACAAAAUCAGACGUAUACAGCUACGGGGUGGUUCUUUUAGAGCUCUUAACAGGGCGUGUGCCGGUAGACACCAAACGGCCUCCCGGAGAGCAUGUCCUUGUCUCAUGGGCUCUUCCAAGGUUAACUAACAGAGAAAAAGUAUUGGAAAUGGUUGACCCAGCUCUACAGGGGCAAUUCUCAAAGAGGGAUCUAAUUCAGAUAGCAGCUAUUGCAGCAAUGUGCGUCCAGCCAGAAGCUGAAUAUCGGCCUCUAAUGACUGAUGUUGUGCCUUCUCUAAUUCCUCUGGUUAAAAACUCCUGCUCUUCUGGUUCGUCUAGAUUUCAGAAUCAUAUGACAAGUCCAAGGUAUUAGCAGCUAUGUGAAAACAGCAACUUGAAGUAAACCGUUCAGAUAUCUGAUCAGCCUUUGGCAAUAAUUCUUCUCACUGAAAACAUGUCAAGUUUUCAUAAAUAAAGUGAAAAGUGAAAAACCAAUGGUCUAUAAUAGAUUGAGUUUCAGUAAAGCUGACUCAUAAAGGUGAAAUUAAUGUUUCAUGUGCUUCAAACUUCACACACCACAUGGGAAAACACCAACAUUAGAAACAGCCAUUUCUUUCGAUUCUUUGUCAGAACCUUAACAAGCAGACGAGAUCAAGCAGCAAAUGCAAAGAUGUUAGAAAGACAGAGGACAUGCAUUGUUAAUUAGCUGUGAUUAUCUCCUGUAUGCAAAGCCUUUGAUUUGAACACCAUUGCUUUUGUUGUAAAUUAAGAAUUGAUAAAGCUGUAACCUUUUUUAGU